GAUAAGUACUUGAAGACAUCGUCCGAAAAACAAGGAAAUUUUACCUAUCAUGUUACGAUAAAUGACUUGAUAAUCGCAUAUGACAAUGAUGAAUGUUGUGCUGGAAGCUUCUGUCACGUGAACUCUUCGUGUGCAAAUUCUCUUGGAAGUUUCAACUGCUCUUGCAAUGAGGGAUUUGCUGGAAAUGGCACUUAUUGUGAAGACGUCAACGAAUGCCUAAUGAGCAAUUACUGCCACGAAAAUGCUACGUGCAAAAAUAAAAUUGGGUCAUUUAAAUGUGAUUGUGAUGAAGGUUUCAUAGGAGAUGGUCGUGAUUGUAAAGCUACGAACUGCAGUCUUCUUUCUUGUGGCGAAAACGAACAGUGUGUUCGAGCAGAUGAUAUCUUUAAGUGUAUUUGCAAAGACGAUUAUGAAGAACCUGAUUGCCGUUUAGUAAAAGCCACCUGCAAUGCUCGAGGUGAUCCACACUACUCCACCUUUGAUGGAAAACUCUUUGAUUUCAUGGGAAGAUGCGAAUAUGUUCUGGCUAAGGACAGUGUGAACAACACAUUUGAAAUAAGACAAGUAAAUGAAGAAUGUGGAAAUGGUGAACCUUCCUGUACAAAAUCACUGACAGUGAUGUUCCCAAAUGUGACAAUUCAACUUCUGCGGGGAAGUGUGACAGCGAAUGGCAUGACAAUCUCAUUAUCAACAAUGUAUAUGGCCAACGGAGUGAAGAUAUCCCAACCCAGAAGUGGCAUUACGUUGGUCGAAAGCGAUUACGGUGUCGAAGUUGAGUGGAACAACGUUCAUAAUGUGAGAGUGACUGUGUUUGGUCGGUACCUGAACAGAACAUCUGGUUUAUGUGGAACAUACAAUCGAUAUGGCGGAGAUGAUUUCUUUAUGUCAAAUGGUACAAUAACAGAUAGUGAAAUAGAAUUUGGCAAUUCUUGGAAAACUGACCCUAACUGUGAAGAUGCAACAUUUGUUGAUCAUCCUU